AGGUCCAAGUCUCAACCUUCACAAUGGCUUCCCGACCUACCGUCACCAUUCUCGGCAAAGAUGGUGCUCCCACUGGAGCUACCCACGCCAUUCCCGCUGUCUUCACCAGCCCGAUCCGACCGGACAUCGUCCAGCAGGUUCACACCGGCAUGGCUAAGAACAAGCGUCAGCCCUACUCCGUGAGCGAGAAGGCUGGUCACCAGACCUCUGCUGAGUCUUGGGGUACCGGUCGUGCUGUUGCUCGUAUUCCUAGGGUUUCUGGUGGCGGUACUCACCGUGCCGGUCAAGCUGCCUUCGGUAACAUGUGUCGUUCCGGCCGCAUGUUCGCCCCUACGAAGAUCUGGCGCCGCUGGCACAUUAAGGUCGCUGUCGGACAAAAGCGAUAUGCCGUCUGUUCCGCCCUCGCUGCCUCCGCGGCCGUUCCCCUGCUCCAGGCCCGUGGACACCAGGUCAACUCUGUCCCUGAGGUUCCUCUGGUCAUCGACUCUGCUGUCUUCGAGGCUGCUGCCAUCGCCAAGACUUCCGCUGCUCUCGGUCUCCUGAAGGCUGUCGGUGCCGGUGAGGACGUCAGCAAGGUCAAGAACUCCAAGAAGAUCCGUGCUGGUAAGGGCAAGCUCCGUGGCCGCCGCCACCGCCAGCGACGUGGUCCUCUUGUCAUCUACUCCCCCGAGACCGAUGGCAAGGAGCUCGUCACCGCUUUCCGCAACAUCACUGGUGUCGAGACCUGCCCCGUCACCGCUCUCAACCUCCUCCAGCUCGCUCCCGGUGGUCACCUCGGCCGAUUCAUCGUCUGGACCUCCGGUGCUUUCAAGGCUCUUGACAGCAUCUACGGAUCCACCACCGAGGCUUCCGCUCACAAGCGUGACUUCCUCCUUCCUUCCAACGUUGUCUCUCAGGCCGAUCUUACUCGUCUGAUCAACAGCUCUGAAAUCCAGAGCUCCAUCAACGCCCCCAAGGGAGACGCUAUCACCCGCCGAUCUGCUGUCCAGAAGAAGAACCCGCUCAAGAACAAGCAGGUCAUGCUUCGCCUGAACCCCUACGCCACUGUCUUCGCUCAGGAGGCUCAGAAGAAGCAGAACUAAAAGGAUUUUCGACUUGCUGGGUGUGCAGCGGGUUUUUACGGAACAGGAUGACGGGUCUAGCAUGGUUUGAUAUUGAGGCGUAAUGGCUUCUUCGAAGAUUGAGCUGCAUUAAAAAUGAAUCAGAGAUUUGAUAUGAAUCACAGCCAGACUCCAC